UCCGCUUUUAACAUCUGCAGGAAGUGUUUUCCGAAGUUAAAGCUUCGUUUUUGCUCAUGUCUUUGUAUAAUAAAGGCAUUUAAAAAAGCGUCAUCAUUUUUGUUACCAUGUUUACUUUGUAAACGCGCCGGUUUAUUUUUGCGGACCGAGUGAUGGUGUAACACGGACGCUGUCCCCGGUCCGUUUCCGACACUAGCAGCAGGUAGCUAAAGGAGCUAAGGUGUGUGGGUCAGCGAUGCUGACGCUGGCGAGUAAGCUGAAGAAGGAGGAGGGUGUGAGAGCGAGUGGAGCAGCUUCGGGUUCCAGCGAUGCCCCACACAGAGUGUCCAUACGAGACCGGCUUCUUAUUAAAGAAGUUGCAGACCUUGAGGCAACUCUUCCUAAUACCUGUAAGGUCCUGUUUCCUGAUGUGAACAAGCUCCAUCACUUUCAGCUCACCAUUUUGCCAGAUGAAGGAUAUUAUCAGGGUGGAAAGUUUCAGUUUGAAAUAGAUGUUCCCGAAGCAUAUAACAUGGUGCCUCCUAAAGUGAAGUGCUUGACGAGAAUAUGGCACCCAAACAUUGCAGAGACGGGGGAAAUCUGUCUGAGCGUACUGCGCGAACAUUCAAUUGAUGGCACGGGGUGGGCUCCGACACGCACGUUAAAGGAUGUAGUCUGGGGAUUGAACUCACUAUUUACUGAUCUUCUUAACUUUGAUGAUCCAUUGAAUAUAGAUGCAGCGGAGCACCAUUUACGGGACAAGGACGGCUUCAGGUGCAAAGUGCAGGACUUCAUCAAAAACUAUGCAAGAUGAUGUGCACGUGGCUCGCACCACUGACGGUCACACCCCGAGACCCACCGAGCUGAAAAUCCCGCAGCAUUUACACAACGGGAAGACUAGAGAAGGAUUCCGUGGAUCUCAAACCUUCAGCAUGAACUAAUGGGGGGGG